AUGAUUAAUUAUAUUUUAUUAUUGUUCGUACUGUUUAAUGGUUGCUUAGGCAGUAGAGUGCCAGUGUUAUCCUUGAGCCAGCAAAGCACGAGAAACAAAACGUAUAAUGAGCCUUUACAGUUUCUUCCAUUCAUAAUGCUGAUAAACCGUGACAAAGACACUAGCGAGUAUUGGCGCGAAACGGAGAUUCUAUCACUUCUUCGAAACAAAGAAUUUGAUAUAGAUUACGAGAAGUGUGAGAAGAAAACGCCUGAAAGAUCAUUGGUUCAGUUGCCAAGUAGACGAACAGUAAGACCGAUUUGUAGAAGCACAUACGAUUAUCAAUUGUGUCCACAAUGUCCUCGUUUCAACAACCGCACUGAAUGUGAACUAUUUCGCGACUCUUGCAUAGAACGUAAGGUCCAACGUUCGGAGUAUCGCACCUACUGUGAUAAAAAAUACGGUAAAUGGAGAACGAUGUUCAUACCCGCCGACUAUUCACAAUGUCGGUGUUGUGAUGAAUGUGUCUUUUACAGAGAAUUGGACCAGUCUUGUGUGGAGGACGAGUAUAAUUUCGACACAGAAGAAUUUUUACCUGUCACUACUAUUGAUUUCAGAGCCGGCUGCAACCCUUAUAGGGGUCAUCCAGAACAAGAAAUGAGGGCGCUCCGCUGUGAUAACAUCCUUCGAAGAUGUGUUCCUGUAACGAUCCCACCGUUACCGACAGAUGCCAUAACUGUACGUCGUACUUUCCGCUUCGAGCCUCCAUCAGGAGGUAUCGACUGUCCAGUAUCUUGCCGCGGCUAUGUAUGCCAAGGAGGGCUCGUGAAAGAAGGUCAAUGUUCCCCCGGCGCUUUUCUGCCAGAUCAGGAGCAUUGUAACUGUUGCGGAAAAUGUAGUUCUUAUCACCAAUUAAACCAAAAGUGUGCCGAGUUUAAAAAAAUAGUCCAUAAUGAAACUAAAGAAAUUGAGGUCGAAGAGGAAUUCCUGGAACCAGGAUGUGAUGAUGGCUUAGUCUGUAGACAGGGCUUCUGCCAGGAUAUUCACUCUGUUCAAACUUCUGCUGGAUUUCGACGGAAGAGAGAUGAAGGAUUAUUAGAAGCCUAUGAGCCGUGCAAGCAGGAGUUAAAGCAUUUUAAGAAGAAAUACGGUAAAGAUGGUCAUCUUCACUACAACGCUCCGCAGUGUACUCCUCUUUGGCUUUACGCGCCUGUUCAAUGUCGUAGAUUCGUAUGCUACUGUGCUCUAGAAGACGGCACAUUCAUUCAAGGUAUCAAGGUGCCUCGAGUUGAAGUAUCCAAUAUGAACUGCGAUUGCGUUCGAGAGAAAUGUCGUACGGGUUCAGAUGUGGAGUGCGACGGCUAUGGCAACUACAAAGAGGCGAUCUUUACGGCGUACGUUGAAUGGGAUGACAUGACAAGGAAGAAUAGUGAUAAACAGAUAAAGAAAGUGGAUCAUUCAUUACACAAUUGGAAUCGGAAAAUUCACGAUAUAUCACAGGAUGGGGUGGAGCUAGAAUGA